CAGUGGCAUUGGUAGCUUUUAUUCCGAAAUCCGAACACAUAAUCAAGACAAUACUCGAUUAAGUGCGGGGACAAAGUUGCGACUAGGAUUCUACUAAAUAACCCUCUCUGGAUCUAAUUUCCAUAUGUACGACCAACCGAAGAUUUACUCUUAAGCAUUAGUAAUGCAGAAGAUAGAGAUUCAGAUCCUUCUUUUCACCUUCCUCCUUGUUAAAACAGCUCAAGGAUGCUUCUUUGAUGAGGAUUGCAGUUUGAACGGAGUUUGUUCUCCUGUGGACCAAACAUGCAUAUGUGAUCCAGGUUGGAAAUCAGAUGACUGCGGCGAACUUGACCUCCUGCCUGCGACGAGAUGGACAGGCUACAACUACACAAACGUCACGCUAUCUGAUCAGUAUAGCACAAAAGGGAAUUCCUCCUGGGGUGGCUCAAUCAUUCAUGAUCGACACGAUAAGCAACUCUUCCAUCUUUUCGUUGAUCAAUUUGCCCACGGCUGCGGGCUGUCGGGGUGGAGACCUUUCAGCACAGUCAUACGAGCCGAGUCAAGAACAGGACCGGCGGGACCAUACCAUUUCGUGCAGGAGAUCUUCGGCACUUUCCGCCACAAUGCAGCCACUGUAUGGAGUCCCGCAGAUGAGAAAUAUCUUCUUUAUACCAUCGGGGUAGAGACGGACACCCCUGAUACGUGUAAAUCAUACAAAUGGGCCAAUAAUAUCUCCAUCUCCAGCGCUCCCGAAGUUCAGGGCCCAUGGACUCCGUUUGAAUAUCUCAUUAACGGCACAAAUCCGUCGCCUUGGCCGCUGUGGGAGGAAGAAAACCCGACGUCAAAAGUACUCCUAGCUGUCGAGGACAACUUCAUAUUCAGUGCCAGUGACUUCUCCAGUCCCUAUAAUCAAAUCAAAUCGAUGCCCUGGAACACUUCCGACUACAGCAAUCAUUGGACUGAAGAUCCGUUUCUCUGGCGGGACAAAAGAAGCAAUUGGCAUAUCCUCUGUCAUUGGAUGAUAGACAUUACUGAACGCGGAGAGAAAUAUCCUCGAGUUGGUGGGCACAUGUUCUCGCGAAGUUUGACAGGAAAAUGGACGUUUAAGCUGCAGGAGGUGUACAAUACAACAGUACAUUUUUCGGACGGGGGACGUACGGAUUACUACAGGAGGGAGAGACCUCGGCUAUUUUUGAGUGAUGAUGGAGAUUUCACGCCAUUGUACUUGAUCAAUGGGGUACAAGAGUUUAAUAGCUCGGCAAGCUACACGCUAAUUCAGCCUAUUGGACGUGGAUCAGGGAGUCUUGGGAUCGCACAGUUAUGACCAAAACAAACGCAAAUAUUUCGUAGAACAUAUCAAG